GAUAGCAACGGUUUCCUCGAACAAUCCUCGGCUGCCCAAAAGCCCUAUGAGAAACAAGGGUCAACGAGCGCCCGGUCAACAACGUUUUCUUCUCUGCCGCAAACCUGGCGUCGCUGAACUCGCACCACUUGCAUGCGUACCGGUGCAUAUAGCAUGAUGUGUAGGUAAACCUCUGGCCACAAAAAUGGCAACGCUGAGCAUCGUGGGCGACACACGGGAGGGCCAGGAACUUGUCGCAGCUGCGGACGCUCGGAGCGUGCGCAGCUUGACAGGCAACCCAGAUGACACGCGCGUCAUCGCGCGCUUCAACUGGAGCAGGAGCUUACACACCUGGCACUCUACUGGUGGAGCGCCGCCUGCGCUUGACGAUGUCAGCGCGUGGGUGCCCAUCUCUGGGGCGACGCGGCCAACGUACCGCUGCACACCCGAGGACGUGGGCUGCUGGAUCCGUGUGACGGUCGUGCCCCUACUGCGGGGAGCGGCAGGGCCGAUGGCGCCAGGCGGCGCGGAAGGGUCCAGGCCUUUCCUACGGGCAAUGACUGGGCCGGUGCUGGAGCCGCUCCCAGUUGGCAGCUACAGCCAGGACUCGGAGCAGGACUGGCUGGCAGCGCAGCAGUUUCACCAACAACAGCAGCUGCAGCAGCAGCAGCAGCCGCACCUGGCGGCGUCAUUGCCGCCGCGCCAGCCGCAGCCGGCGGAGAGCGUGGUGGUGGUGGAGGGCCAAUACACGGCGGUGGCGGAGGGCGGCAACCGACUCAUGGUGCACCUCAGUCCGCGUCAGGUCCUGCGCAGCUCCUCGCCUGCCGGUUCACCAAACGCAGCAGCAGCUGCUACAGCGCAGGCACGCGCGCAAGCGCAGGCUGCCCAGCUGGGGCCGCACCUUAUGCCGCCAUCGUCGCCGCCGCCGGCGCCGCAGGCGUAUGCAGGGACCUCUUUGGGCCCUACCUACCUGACCACAGGCUACCACGACACACACCAGCACUCGGUGCCAGUGGUGCCGCAGCCGAGUCUGCACUCCACGUGGUCCGAUGCCGGCCUCACAGCCUCGCUCUCGGCGCCGCCGCCGCGCCACCUGCAUGCCUCCCAGUCCGCGCAGUCUCCGCACGGACACGCGCGCGCCAACCUUGACGUCAGCCUGUCGGCGGCCGCUGCGGCCGCUGCCUCCACGGCAGCAGCGGACAACGCAGCGAGCAUGGGGGCGCGCCGCCUGCACCGCUCUGCCACUUCGCCUGAGCAGCCCAGGCAUCCGCAGUUCCAGCCCAAAGCGGCGCCAGCAAAGAUCCCGGAGGCCGCGGCACUGCCGCCUGCGUCAUAUGCAUACCAGCCCCAGCCGCCGCUGCCUCCCCAACAGCAGUACCAGCAGCAGCCGGCAAUGCAAGAGCCGCUGCCAGCGGCGCAGCAGGCGCAGGCCUACGGCCAGCAGGAGCCGCGCUACCUGCACCAGUCGGCCUCCAUGCCAGCGCGCCCACAGGCGCCGCAGCACACCAAGGGACCAGACGGCGGCGCCACUCUUACCACCGAAGCGGGUGGGUCGCGAGCGCUUCACCGCUUUGCAACCUCGCCAGACAGGAUGCGCGCCCCGGAAAGCUGGUCCCAAGAUCCGGGCACGGUGCUUCCGCCCCAGCCCACCGCGGAGCCGGCACCAGCGCCCCACUUUGCGACAGCGCCGCAGCCGAUUGUGGCCGGCGCUGGCCAGGACUACAUAGUGGACUAUGCGCGCGGGACAGCGCUACUGGCGUCCGCCAGCACACGGCCUGCGCACCUGCACGAAUCCGUGUCCUUGCCGUCUCCGCAGCACCCCUCACAGGAGCCGCAGGCACAGCAGCUGCAGGGCCGCGAGAGCGUCUCCUUCGGCACGGCCGCCACCACCCGGCAGCUGCACCGCUUCAACACCUCGCCCGACCGCAUUCGGCACGGGUCCCUCGCCAACGCCUGGAUGGCGCAGGAACCGCAGCCGCCGGCAGCUGCAGCUGUUGCAGCCCAGCAGCAGCAGCAGCAGCAGUCCCAACAGGCGCUGCACACGCAGCCAUCUCUGGUGCGCCAGGCUUCUGCGGCGACACCAGGGCAGCAGCCCGUGGAGUCCGCAGGCUCACUGCUGCAAAUAACCGCUGCUGCUGCUGCUGCUGCUGCUGCUGCUGCUGCUGCUGCUGCUGCUGCUGCUGCUGCUGCUGCUGCUGCUUUCCAACAGGAACAGCAGGAGCAGCAGCAACGGCAGCAGCAGCAGGAGCAGCAGCAGGAGCUGCAGCUGCACGCCUUCGCAUCCAUACCGCCGGAUCGCGUUGCAGUGCAGCCCAUCCAGCCGUUACCGCCCGCACACAUUCUCACAAGCGCCUCGGUGGCUCCCUCAGGGGUUGCAGCCUCCUCGCCGCGGCGCAUGGCGCGCUCUGUAACAUCGCCGGACCGCGGCCGCACACCUGGCCGUUGGAACCAAAUCAUGGACCCUCUGUUCCAGCCCAGCAGCGCAGAUGCCUCAGGAGCAGUCGUAUUGGACGCCGCCAGGUCGCCAGGCAGCUUCUCUGACUUCCUGCAGAGCGCCCGCGCCGCCGCCGCAAGCCGUGCCGGCGCCAAGGCUCCGGCGCAGGCGGCUGCGGAUGCCAGCGCCGCUGGCGCGGCGGCGGCCGGAGCGGGUGCGGCGACUCUGCGUGAAGGGGCCAUGGGCACGCCCGUGCCAGCGCUUGCACAGGCAGCUGUAGGGCUGGCCGGCAGCGCACCAGCGGCGGCUGUGUUGGAGGGGAUGCCGUCGCCACUGCCGCCGCAGCGCCUGGAGGAGGCGUUUGGGGAGCACGGGGCGGGGGCUCGUGACGGCGGCCUGGGAGGCGGCGGUGACGCGCUGCGUGAGGCGCUGGACCACGUGCUGGCGCAGCACCAUGAAGCCGUGCAACAGGUUGUGUUGGACCAUGCCGCGCUGCAGCAGCACGCCAUGGCGUCCCAGCUACCGCCGCCACCUCAGGCGGCGCCGGCGGCGGCGCACCUGACAGCUGCGGAGCCAGGCCAGGCUCAAGCGGCUGCGCUGUCCGGCAGCUCAUGGCGGGCGCCGCGCGCCUCCACCGCCAGCGGUGGCAGCAGCGUCUCGCUCUCGCUCAGCAGUGCACCGCUGCCAGCCCCAAGCCUCGCUCAGCAGCCGCACCCAGAAACCCUGCAGCGGCAGUCAUCUGCAGCCGCACCGGAUUCCGUGUCCGGCACCAGCAGUGGCAGUAGCAGCGGUGGCGGGGCCAGUGGGGAAGCAGGGCGCCCAGCUUUGGCACGGGAGGAGCUCCAGGCGGAGCACCUGCAGCAGGUGGUGCAGCAUACCCAGCUGGAGGAGGAGGCGCAGGCAGCGCUGCGCGAGGGGCCGUCGGAGGAGGUGCUGCUUCAGGCACUGCGGGCGCUGCGCUCGCGCGGCGCGUCGGGCAAGUCGCUGGGCUCCCGCUCCACUUCGCAGCGCUCAAUGGCCGUAGCGCCGCCGCCGCCGCCGCCGCCACCGCCGCCACCACUCCCAUCUUUCACGCAGCAACAGCAGCAGCACGAGGCAGCUGCGUUAAGUAUGCCCAGUGAGCUGUUGGAGCUGAUGGCGGAGGAGGCGAAGAUGCACGAAGCCAUGGAGUCGGUAGCAGCUGCCGCCGCUCUUGGAGCAGGCGCGGGCGGCCGGCGCUCCCUUUCCCGCGGGCAAUCGGGUCUUACAGCUGCCCCCAGUGCCACCGCCACCGGAAACGGUGAUGGUGCGGGUACAGGUAGGGGCCAGGCUGUGGCGUCGGUGCCGGAGGAGGCGCUGACGACGAUGCGGGGCAUGAAUGCGGCGCUGUUGGCGCAGCUGGCCGAAAGCAGCCGGCUUCAAGCGCAGAUGCAGAGGGCGCUAGACGCAGCCGUCGGGCAGCUGCAACAGCUGCAGGCGCAGCAGCAACAGCAGCAGCAACAGCAGCAACAGCAGCCGCAGCAGCCCGCUCUGCCGCCGCUGCAGGCGGAGCAAGCCGGCGACAUCCCAGUGUCGCCGCCACACCGGCUGGCGCAACCCGCGGCGUCUCGGCCGCAGCAAUCCAGUAGCAAGCAGGCACCGGCGCACGCUGCUGCCGCCACAGCUGCCGCCGCAAGCGCCACAGCGCCGGCGCCCAGACGGUCCGUACCGCCAUCUCAGGCGGCGGCGGCGGCGGCGGCUGAGCAGGCGGUGCUGGGCUCGGCCGCUGGAGAGCUGCCGGUCAUUGCGGGGCUGGACCCGGCGGCGGCGGCGGCACUGCGGGCGGCGCUGCAGCAGCAGCACCAGCGCUGGAAGCGCAAGAAGGCCAAGCUCAAGGAGCAGGCACAGGCAUGGCAGUACACCGCAUGGCGUUACGCAACUGCGUGGAAGCAGUCCCGCGAGGUGGUCCAGGCCCUCAUCGCCGCCCAGCAGGGCGGUGAGCCGCAGCGGCUGCCAGAUGCGGCCGCCGACAGCGCGCCGCCGGAGCCAGCCAGCCGCCCGCCGGAGGACUUCCGGCCGCUACCGCCCCGCUCCGCGCCCGUGCGUUCCUCGACCACCGCCGCGGCCCCUGCGGCAGCGGUUGCUGCACCCGCGCCGCCGCAGCCGCAGCUGCAGCAGCACGCUCCUCGCGGCGCGCCGCCGCUGAGCCCCACCGGUCUGGCGGCUGGCAUUGCGGCCUUGUUGCGCUCGCGACACCAGCUGCCCGUGCCAUCCUCCCUCGGACCAUUGUUCCCUAGCGCCGGCGUUCCCGCUUCACACGCGACCGCCGCUGCGCCAGCGGCAGCGGCGCCGCUAACGGCCGCGUAUACGGCGCGGGCUGCGAGGCGGGCAGUGGCCACCAGCGCAGUUGCCGCCUCAGGCGGCGCCAUGGCUGCCACGGUGGCCUCGGCAGCGCGAUCCAGGAGCGUGGAACGCGCGCGGCGGGACAAGCCGCGGGCCAAAUCACCGCCGCGGCAGGCGGUUGUGGCCGCGGAGGGCAGGGCUGACCGCGUUGCCGCCGUCGCAGCGCCGGCGCCGGCGUCAAAGCAGGACCCGCCAGACGCGGGUGCUCCGGACGCUGCUGUGGCCGCUGGCUCACCAGCGUUUGCAGCCACUGCGGAGGCUGCUGGGGCAGUUGCGGGCGCGGACGGCGGUGGCGCGGUGCCAGGCGGGUCGCAGGGUGCCGGCGGGGCGCCAAUGCCAGACGUGGGGCGAGCGCGGGACCAGACGUCGCGGGGCCGCUCUCGCAGCGCUGGACGCGGCGGCCGCGAGGGUCCCGGACCUGCCCUGGAGGUGGCAGCGCACUGGCCAGCCACACUGCGGUCGUCGGGCGACGGGUCCAGGCCCCGCAGCCCCAGCCCCGACGGCCGGCCGCCCUUUAAACCCGCCGUGGUGCCCGGCAGCCCGCCACGGCUGCACCACCAGAACCAUGUGACCUUCUCCGUGUACGGCGGCCGCCAGCCGGUGGCGCCAUCACAGCUGGGCGCGCAGGCUGCAGCACUGCCAUCAGCACCGGGGCAACAGCUGGCCCUCAGCGCGCAGCAGGGGAGUGGCGGACAGCAGGCGGCGCCCUACGCGCACCAGCACCAGCAGCAGCCGAUGCUGGAUCCAGCGCUGGUGGACGUGCCGCGGCCAUACCGGGACCCGCAGGGCUGGUGGCACAUCCCGGAUCGUUGGAUUGAUAUUUAUGACCCGCCCGUGCAUGCGUUGAGCAUAGCAGCCUCGGGUGCGGCGCAGCCUCCGCGCCCGUUCAUCCGCACGCAGUAGGCGCUAGUGGCUGGCGCUUCCGGACGCGAGAGAUUAAGGUACAACGGAGCUGUAAUGUGUACCGUAUUAGGGGGACGAGCAGUGCAUUCACAUGCAUGCGCGCGUGAGCACGUGGGUGUGAUCGGGGCUGGCUGACACGAGUUCGAGUUGAAGGUGGAAGGAUGUCUGGACGUCACCGAGGGGCAGAAGAGUGGACGGUAGGUGGGCACAUCACAGCAUAUUCAUGUUACAGUUGAACGGCGGCGCAAGCUCGUGUCCCUCACUUCCUGUAAUGCAUCUUCUUG